AUGCCUGCGUUACCUUAUGAUAUUUUUCCAAUUGUAUUUGAAUUUUUACGACAGGAUAGAAAUACGUUAUUUUCAUGUUCUCUCAUUAAUCGUACUAUCUGUAGGUUAGCAAUCCCAUUACUUUGGAAAAAUCCGUUCAUGAGUAAUGAUUCAUUGGAGGAGAUUAAUCAAUAUAAAUCAGCCUUGUUAAUCCGAACGUAUUUGGCGUGUUUAACCGAGGAUGAAAGGAGUUAUCUAACGAAGAAAGGUGUAGAAAUCCGGAAAUUUCCAAAGCCAUUAUUUGAUUAUGCAUGUUUCUUGGAGGAAAUGAUGCAUAGUUGUCCUUUAUAUAAUUCGGUCCUUUGUUGGAUUUUAUUAGAAUAUCGAAAGUACACAAAGAAUUGCUUGAAUGGAAUUUCGAAUAUGUAUCAAUUUGAUGAGAGUGAAAUACAAGACCCAUUAAUUAACUCGUUAUAUUCCAUGUACUUUAAAAAGAGUAAAAUCAAAACGUUAGGGAUUUCCAUCGAGAUGCUUAAAAUCAAGGAUCCCAUUGACCAACAACUUUUCAAUAAGAUGAAUCUUUCAACUUUGUCAAAUUUAUCUCGGUUAAUAAUAUACCUAAAAGAUAAUUCCUUCGGAUUUAAAAGCAAUCAACAUUCAUUUGACUUUUUAUUGAGCAUAAUAAAGAAAUGGUGUCAUAAGAUUCAACAUGUUAGGAUUUCCAAUUUAUUGGUAUUUGCUCAUCAAAAAUUACCAAAAAUUCAAGAAAUUAUGAGUCAACAACAAAGGCUCGUAAAACUUGACCUUCUAACUCCAAAACAAAAUUUCAUAAUCGAUGAUAUACUCUUAAAUCUGAAAGGUCACGAUUAUAAUUUCUUGACCGAAAUGGAAGUGCAUGACACCGAUCUAUCCGAUAGUUCUUUAUUGGAGGGAUUAUCAAGUAUCGAUUCGUUAAAAUCAUUAUACUUGAUAAGGUGUAGGGGGAUUUCUAUGCAUAAUAUUCAUAUUUUAUCCGAUUCAUCGAUUUCAUUACUCAAGUUAAAAUUUAUUAACAAUGAAUUCCCACCCGGAUUAAUCAUUUCAACCAUUGGUAAAUCAUUGACCGAGUUGAUAACCAAUCAGUUGGAUCAGGAAGCAACUGAAUUGCUUUCUUAUCAUUGUUCCGAAUCUUUAACUCACUUGGACAUAGUUGGGAUUAAUUUGCAAACACAAAAGAUCUUUUAUAAUUUAAUCGUAAGGUUAAAAUUGAAUUCCUUAAAGAUCAGUUGUUGUAGGGAGUCAACGGGUCAAAUUUUAAAUGAUCUGGGAAAGAAUUUACCGAAUUCCUUAAAGUAUUUGGGCCUCUUUGGAUUAUAUACGUUUAAGGGUCUUACCGUAGAACAUUUCGAGAAUCUAUUGUCAAAUUGUAACGCGACUUUGGAAUCAUUGGAGAUUUAUGGUACCAUUAAUCGUAAUUUUUUAGUUGUGAUCUACGAUUACAUUAAGAAUCAUAGAAAUUUUAAAUCGUUGAUCAUUAAUCUGUACGGUAAAGGAUGGGAAGAUAAAGAAUCAUCAUUGUUAAAAGAUUUUAGCAAAUACGGUGUAAAGUCGUUUGUCAAUUAA